AGAAAAAGCAACAGAAGAAAGAAGAGUUUUAAGGCUCUACUGAUAGGGAGACGAGAUCACAAAAAUCAGAUUUUUUUUCUUCUGAUCAACGUUUAAGAUUUCAGUUCUACAUAAACUUCCAAUGGCAGUUGUAUUGGGAAAUCCCCGAAUAAUUCCAUCUGUUGGAAUAUUCUCGGAGGAUGAAAGGGAGAAGAUGCGUAUGAAAAAGCAGGCAAUACUUGCUCUCUGGUUGAAGAUGGAUGAUGAAGAAAGAUUGGUGGGUCCUACUACUCAGAGCAGCGAAGCAGAUAGUUCUGAGAUAAUUUAUCCGUUGGGAUCCGCAAAGAAACCAUGGGUUGAAAAUGUUCCGCUGGUUGGAAAUGGUUCCUUGGUGCAUGCAAAAAAGGACCAAGUAAUAAGGCUAACUGAUGUUAUGAUCCUUCCCAAUGUAGGAGGCCAAGGUGGAAAACGAGAGACCAUUACUGGUACCCUUGAAGUCCAUGUAAACGGGUUCAUAUACACGGCCUCUGGUUUCCGUAAGCAUUUUUAUUUUGACGAUAUCAAAAGUUGUUUCUUCCAACUUGGGGGUGAGCGGGGGACGCCUCUCUUACACUUUCACUUGCACGCCCCCUUGAAGAAGCGGACAGAAAAGACAAAAGAUAUCGAAUUCCAUUUGGUGAAAAGUCUUCGGGGACAAAACAGACCGAAGAGGUCUGAUCAUGAUUCAAAUAAGAUUGAGAAAGGGAAGCAAAACAGCUCGGAUGACGAACGUUUAAAGAAGUUUGUCGAUCAAGUUCAUGCUAGAUGGAUUUCCCUGCCUAUAUCACCAAGUCUGUUUGAUGAGAUAGAGAAGGAGUACGAAGGGGUUAUUUACUGGAAGGGAUCAACAGUCAGCUCAGACACUGCCUUUGCCCUGACUUCAUAUGACCUAAUUUUUCUUGUAGGGCCUUCGCUUGAACUGCCUACGCCUUUCACUGUGUUCCCACUAAGGGACAUUGAGAUUGUUAAUCUUGCCCUGCUCGAACCUGGGAAAAUUGAUAUGACAGUCAUAUUUCGGGACUUCAACGAGGAAAAUGUGCUUGAAGUCAAAUCAAUUGCCUUAGAGUCACUUGCUGACAUAAAAGAACGUCUUAACUAUGGUAACGUGAAGUACUAUGUGAACACUAAACAACUAGACUGGAAGGACACGGUAAAAGACAUAGCAGAUUUCCCGGAGAAAUUCAUAAGGAGGGGUGGAUGGGAUAAAUUUGAACUCGAGGAUCGUCAUACUUCGUCCGACUAUGGCUAUCCUGUGACGAUGAGGAAGUUGGUGGGAUGAAGGGAGUGACGGGUCAGAUGGGGAGAGAAAUGGUAGUAAAGCAGGAUGAAGGCUGAUUUAGACGUAUCUCUUUCGAACGUGCAUGCAUGCCAAUGUUAUAGUAAUGAAGAUAUUUUGACAAUCUGCAGUUUGAAUGAGCUUCUUCGUCAGCAUUUACUACUGAACUUGAAUUGCUCUUGUUUUUGUUUCAGUGAUUGUUAUUUUGUUUUAAUGAUUUUAGACAUGGAGAAGUGUCGCGUCUUUUUUGAAUGUGCUUGCAGAUACUCAGUAGUAUUGAUGAGAUGCAAAUGAGUCAUCUAGAUGGAAUAUUGUCGAGGAAGCUCAUGAUGACUUGGACAUGUAAAUGUGAACACUUUGUAGAUACCACAAGGAGAUUGUCUCUGGAGCCGGUACUAGGGCAGAGUGUACAUGUUUAAGGUCUUACAGGGCCAUAAUUGCAUACCAGAUUGCAAAAUAAAAAAUAUUUGUUUUCCAGACUCUCAGAUCAAGUAAUAAUCUAUUUGGAAGUGCUUUUUUUUUCUUCUUAAGCACUCCUCCUUACAUGGAGGUAGCUUUCAGUAGUGCAUGAUG